AUGUGGAAUCCAGUUCUUGAUCAAUAUUGUUCUAUACAUUCUGGGUAUCCUUCCAGGAGCGAUUCACGCCAUUUGGCUCAUCUUCUUUGCCCAAAGAUAACCUUGAGGUUCAAAAUUUUCAAUUUUGCAAGUUUCUAA